AAUUACUCCAACUAAGAAAAGAACAAAUGAUCCGCUUAAUUGGACAUGUACUACUUUCACAAAUAGUUUACAAUACGAUAGAGGCAUAUGCGAUUUAAUUAAAAUAACAUGUCAUCUCUAUUCGAUCACUCAGGGUAUAGGGUCUAUUAGGGAUCAGUGAUAAACAAUUAAAGGAUAUAUGUAGGAUCAUAAUGGAUCUUCGCCUCUAUACAGCACUAACUUUAAUAUUCUGCUUAGUUAUUCAGCAAUGCGACACUUAUAAGGCUAACCAUAAUAUUAGGGAAGAAAACUCUGAUACAAGCAGUAAUGAAGAGAAUGAAGAGGGAUCGGAAGAAAGUGAAAUAGAAGAUGGUGAAGACGAAAAACCAUCUACCAAUGAUGCUAGGCAAGGGUGGGAAAUUGAAGAUGGUGAAGGCGAAGGACCAUCUUCUCCAGAAGAAGAAAGGCUAAAUAAUGUAGAUGAAUACGGUGAUAAGGCAGAAGGUGAUAUUGCAGAUAGACCUGAAGAUUUUCUGACAGAGAAGAGUCCCAAGGCCAGAAAUGCCAUAGGAAUGGCUUUUAUGCGGACGUUUCUCUGGCCUUAUGGAGUAAUACCUUAUUCAUUUGAUCGGCUUCGACCAUUAACUGACUUUUCCAAAAAACAAGUGGAAGAAGCUUUGAAAAAAAUUGAAGACGCAACAAAAAUUAAAAACACGAAGUGUAUAGAGUUCAGACCUCGAAAAACAGAGAAAGAUUAUCUACUUUUUACUAGAAAAGAUGGGUGUUGGUCAAGAGUUGCAAAACGAGGAGGUGCACAAGACGUUUCAAUAGGUAUAGGAUGUACGAGAGUUGGUACAAUUAUGCAUGAAAUGUUACAUGCCUUGGGUUUUUAUCAUGAACAAAGCAGAAUUGAUCGAGAUAAAUACCUUGAUAUCAAAUGGACAAAUAUCGCCUCAGGAUAUACCAAUAACUUUGAUAAGUACAAUCUGGCAUACGCCUCAACACUUGGUAAACCGUAUGAUUUCGGCAGUAUAAUGCACUAUGGACCAUAUGCUUUUGCAAAAGUUCGAGGAUUGAAGACACUACAAGCAAAGACUAAUCCGAAAUUGUACUUUGGACAAAGAACUCACUUAAGUCCGAACGAUAUUGAGGAAAUACGGGUUUUAUACAACUGUUAUAGUAGAGCUAGCAAGGUAAAACUAUCAAGUAUUGAUUCUAAGGAAGAGGUUCCAUCCUCUAAUGAAAAAAAGGAUAGAAAACUAUCAAGUAUUGAUUCUAAGGAAGAGGUUCCAUCCUCUAAUGAAAAAAAGGAUAGAAACAAAUCUAAAGCUCAAGUAAAAACUGCUAAAGCAAGCAAAGCUACUAAAGUUUCAAAGGUAAGCAAAGAGUCCAUUGCAAACAGCAGAGAAGAUUCGGAUGAAAUAUGCGGUGUGGUUGAAUGUAAUUUCAAAAAGGACCUAGAAGGAUGUAGAUUAGAAGAUGGGGAUAAUGAUGAUUUUGACUGGAGCUUUGGACUGGAAACACCCAGUGCAUACACUGGACCACUAAAAGGGGACAAAACGUGUAAGAACAAACAAGCAGGGCUUUCUUCCAAAGAAUGCAAAUUUGCGUUUAUCGAAGCUAGUGGACACACAAAUAAAAAAGCUCGAUUAGAGACUAGAAAACAAUCCGAGGGAACAUAUUGUGUGAGGUUUGCCUGUAAUAUGUAUGGGAGUAUGAUCGGGGAUCUUAGAGUGAUAACAGUCAAUUCAAGGGGCGAUGAAGUUGGGCAGCAUUGGAAAAAAUCGGGAAAUCUCGGCACCUCAUGGAAAGAAACUGAAGUCGAAGUAAGGGUUGGAAAACAACAAAAGAUUGUCUUUGAGGCAAAAGUAGGGAUUGGCUACAAAAGUGACAUCGCCCUUGACGAUAUAUGCAUCACCAAAGGAAGUUGCUAGAUCACACUCAGGUGUAUAUAAUACCAGAGUUAUGGUGCCUAGUGGUUAUCUUCUUACUUUAAGUGUAUCUUUAAGUAAUGAGAAUAUAAUAUAUUCUUUAGACAA